GCGUGGGGUGGAGGGGGGCUAAGAGGACCCCAACGCUUGGUGAGAUCAGCCCUUGAUCUGGAAGGGGUUAACCUUUGGAGUGGGGGGAGCCCCCUUUUUUCUCCUGGAAAGGUCCCCUCCCAGCACUGCAGAGGGGGAGGAGCAGAGUGCCCCCUUGACCCCCUUGACUCAUCGCUGCAGUUAGGGGCAGUUAGGGGGCAGGGGGGCAUUGCAGGAAGGAAGGGGGUAAGUGGGAAGGCAGAAUUGAGGGUAGACCCUUUAGCUGGGGGGGGGGGAUGAUGUGCUGAGGUAGGGGGGGCCGGCAGCCCUGGUCUGGGAUCAGCGAUGGAGGUGGGCUCCUGCUUCAAGAACUACGAAGACUUCAAGGAGAGCUUCCAAGCCUACAAGAAGGAGAACCGGCUGCAGUAUGGCUUGAAGAACUGUAUCUCGGUCCGGUUUUACAACCGGAAGAACGGGACCAGCAUCCGGGAGGAUGUGACGUUCAUGCAGGUGAAGUUUUGCUGUGGCUGGUCAAGGGAGCACAGCAGAAAGAGGAAGCAGCACCCAGCAUCAUGCCCAGCGUAUUUUGUCCUGCAGUAUAACGAGGAGCUGGACCGGCUGGUGAUCAGCAAGCUGAAUAGCAACCACAUCCAUGCAAAGCCGAAGGCCUCCUCCGUGCGCCGUGGUCCACAGCCUGUGACCAGAACGGCUGCUCAGAAGUCUGGCUGCAGAACCCCCAGCAGCCGCGCUGUGAAGCUGCGCAGGCAGCGACCUGCCAAGGUAGAAGACAGCAACGGGUUGAGUGUAAAGAUCAACAUGGACGACCGUGCAAGGGUAAAGGUGGAGGUGGAUUCGGAGGAGCCUCCGCCGCCCCUCGAAGGUUCAAAGGUCCGCGAGGCAGAGAAGGAAAGCAUCUCCAAUUCGGCCUUGGUUCGGAUCGGUGAAGUGAUGAAGAAUUUCCUGCGGGUGGACAUGGGCUCCCUGGCCUCCAUUAGUGUGGGCAGCGACCAGGCCCUGGAGAGGCUGAACUUCCAGACCAGCAAGAUGAAGAGCUUGUUUGUGAAGUUCCCCGAAAGCCUCCUCCUCCAUCAGGUACAGAACGAGAGGGGCCACUCGCUCUACGCCUUCCUGGUGGAGAGCAAGGACCGGGUGGGCAAGUUGGUCCACUUCGCCGUCCUGAAGGAGGACACGGCGGAAAGUGCCAGGAAGAUGCUCUCCGUUUUCAAGGAGUUCAAUCCCGAGUGGCAGAAGCUCAAGGUGGUCUUUGUGGACAGGGCCUUUCUCCACCGGCCGAUUCUGCAGGAGCUCUUCCCUUCCGCUCAGGUGCUGCUCUCCGUGUACCACACGGUGCGGCUCCUGGAGAAAGAGCUGAAGGAAUCCCGCGCUUCCUUCUCCUUCAAGCACAGCCUGAAGCUGGCCUUGAGGGAGGCGGUCUUCUCCACCUCCAGCACCAACCUGGACGCCCUGUCCCAGCAGGUCAAGAGCCUGGUAGACCCGGAACUGUACGCCUACCUGCAGAGGAACUGGUUCUCCUGCGAGAUGCUGUGGUACAUGCACGCCAAGAAAGGCCUCCACUCCUGCAGCACCUAUAUAGACAGCUUGGACUUCAUAUCGCAAAAGCUUUCCAGCCUUUUCAGCACGAAGCUCUCUCUGGAGACCAGCAUCCUUCACUUCGUGGAAUGCGCGGACUGUUUCAACACCAAAGGCCUGGAGCACCUGAGCCUGGGCAUCCCUGGCUUGGAGGCGGACAGCCGCAGCAGCCUGAUGGAGGAUCUCAAGGCCCCCCAGACCCGGACCUCCGUGCGGCGCAGCUCCAGCACCGCCUCUCAGCAGGCCCUGGCCAAAGCUGCCCCCGAGCCCACCAAGCCGCUGACCAAAUGUCCUCCCGCCAAGCCCGUGUCCACCAUGCUGGUGGCUCUGCGGGAGACCUGCACGGACCUGGCUUACCAGCUGUGCCUGAACGAGUGGGACGUGGUGCAGAAGUCCACCCAGCUGAUGAACUCAGUCAAGAGCAAGACGAAGGUCCAGUUGCUGGAGGAGACCCACCAGGUGAGCAAGGACUGCCGGAGCUGCACCUGCUACUUCCACUGCCGCUACCAGCUGCCGUGCCGCCACAUCUUGUCGGUGCUUCACGCGAACCGGCAGGCGGUGGAGGAAGCGAUGGUGUGCAAGCACUGGCAGAAGAAGUACCAGCACCUUCCUGUUUCGGAGGAGAACCUGCCGGAGCACUCCGCGCCCUGCAGGGGCACCCCGGGAGUGAUGGCGGUCACCGUCCUGCCCGAGGACCGGUGGGACAAAAUCCAGUCCCUCAGCAAGGAACUCGGUAACCUGCUGCUGCAAACCGAGGGGGAAGAGCUGGAGGAGCGGACCUCCACGCUGAAGAUGAUCGUGGACAUUUGGGCCAAGUCCACUGAGCUGCAGGGAGCGGAAGAGGCGGCGGAAGGGAAGCCCCUCAGCACUCACAACGUGGGGAAUCUGUUCAGUCUCGAACCUUAAAGCAAUAAACAGACUCUCUAUUGUU